UCGUCGGUCGAUUCUGCUUGCUGUAAGUAUGUCAAGGGCGGAAGUAAACACUGUUUAGAGAUAGUCGGAAAUGCUUCAAUGUUUUACAAUAACGUGGAGUUUAAAACAAUAUUAAAGACACCGAAGAGCCUCAUUACAGCCUCAGACAUGAGAAGAGUCACGCUGUUUGUGAACGGCACCUCACACAACGGCAAGGUGGUGGCAGUUUAUGGGACUCUAGCUGAUCUACUGUCGGUUGCAAGCACAAAAUUCGCAAUAAAAGCUGCUAAUGUUUACAAUGGGAAAGGGGGUCUUAUUGAUGAUAUAGCCCUCAUCAGAGACGACGAUGUCUUGUAUAUAUCAGAAGGAGACUCUUUUGUUGAUCCACCAGAUAACCCGGAGAGUGUGCACGAGUUUAAUUCCUGGGCUCACACAGACUGGAUCACACUCAAUGUUGGAGGCCGACGGUUCACAACCACACGGAGCACUUUGGUCAAGGAAACGGAAAGUAUGUUGGCUCACAUGUUCAGAGACAAAGAUGUUUGGGGGAACAAACAGGACGAGCAAGGAGCGUAUCUCAUCGAUCGCAGCCCGGAUUACUUCGAGCCCAUACUGAACUACCUGAGACACGGACAGCUCAUUAUUAAUGACGGCAUUAAUCUGCUCGGCGUUCUAGAAGAAGCUCGUUUCUUUGGAAUCGAACGACUUGCUGAGCAGCUUGAAGGUGUUAUUAAGAAUUCCCAGCCUCCCGAUGAUCAUUCACCGAUCUCUCGGAAAGAGUUUGUGCGUUUUCUUCUUGCCACUUCGACUAAAUCUGAGCUUCGCUGUCAGGGCCUGAAUUUCAGCGGGACGGAUCUGUCUCGUCUUGACCUGCGUUACAUCAACUUUAAGAUGGCAAACCUCAGCCACUGUAACCUCACUCACGCCAACCUCUGUGGAACCAACCUGGAGCGGGCGGACCUGUCCAGCGCCAACCUAGACGGUGCCAAUUUACAGGGCGUAAAAAUGCUGUGCACCAAUGCAGAAGGGGCGUCUCUGAAGGGCUGUAAUUUUGAGGAUCCCGCAGGACUCAAAGCCAAUCUAGAGGGUGCCAAUCUGAAGGGUGUGGAUAUGGAGGGCAGUCAGAUGACGGGGAUAAACCUCCGUGUGGCCACGCUAAAGAAUGCUAAACUCAAAAACUGCAACCUGCGUGGAGCCACUUUGGCAGGAACCGACCUGGAGAACUGUGAUCUGUCCGGCUGCGACCUCCAGGAGGCAAACCUGCGCGGCUCCAACGUGAAGGGCGCCAUCUUUGAGGAGAUGCUGACGCCACUGCACAUGUCCCAGAGCGUCAGAUAACCUGCAGGUUCAGCUCUAAUCGAACACAAACACACUCAUAUGCUCUGACAGCUCAGGCACAUUUAUUUUAGAGAUGCACCGAAUAUUUGCCGUCGAAAAUGAUCAGCUGAUACUUUUAUCUUCGAUUUUAGGAUGAAAGAAAGAAAAAAAAUAGUGUACAUUUAGGUUUAAAAUGUAAAUUAAGUCUUUUUUUCUUUCUUUCAAACUUAAAUUAUUAAUCAACUCAUAUUUUGUAAGCAUACAUGAUCGUAAAGUCUAUAAAAUCGAUAAAAUUACAGUCUAAAAAAUGUAGUAUGGGGUGGCUCAGUGGUUAGCACUGUUGCCUCACAGCAAGAAGGUCGCUAGUUCGAGUCCCGGCUGGGUCAGUUGGCAUUUCUGUGUGGAGUUUGCAUGUUCUCCCCGUGUUGACGUGGGUUUCCUCCGGGUGCUCCAGAUUCCCCUAGAUCAGGGAUGGGCAAACUCGAUCCUGGAGGGCCGGUGUCCCUACAUAGUUUUGCACCAAUCCUAAUCAAACACACCUGCUUGUAGCUUUCUAGUGAUCUUGAAGACACUAAUUAGGGUAUUUAGGUGUGUUUGACACCGGCCCUCGAGGAUCGAGUUUGCCCAUGCCUGCCCUAGACCCAAACACAUGUAGUACAGCUGAAUUGAUGAACUAAAUUGGCCAUAAUGUAUGAGUGUGUGUGUGAGAAUGAGUGUGAAUGGGUGUUUCCCAGUACUGGGUUGCAGCUGGAAGGGGAUCUGCUACGUAAAACAUAUGAUAAAUAAGUUGGCGAUUCAUUCCGCUGUGGUGACCCCUGAUAAAUAAGGGACUAAGCCAAGGGAAAAUGAAUGAAUAAUAAUGUAGAGUAAUAAUUAUAUUGUAGAAAACCUGAAUCGGUAAAAUUGCUGAUUCAGAAAAACUUUGGCCUAUGUGAUAAAGUAAUAAAUAAUUAUAACAAAGCAUUUUCAGUUUCGGUUUUCACCCAAAGUACAUCUUGAAUUUUCGAUUUAUAACACUUGUGUUUCAGUGCAUCUCUAAUUUAUUUCCAUGCAUCAUGUGUUAUUAUGGAUCUCAGUGCAACUUUUUUGUUUCUCUUGCAGUUUUAUGCAUGUAAAAAAGCUUCUGCAUGCGUUACUGCUGGUCUGUGAAUCUUGUGUGUGUGUGUGUGUGUGUGUGUGUGUGUGUGUGUGUGUGUGUAAAUACAGCUCUUCUGCCAAUGUGCAAUUUUAUACCUUUUCAUACAUGUGCUGAUUUUCCACUGUGUUGCUGGUUUUACUGUUACGUGGAUUUUGCUGCAUGCAUUAAAAUAUAUGUUUUAAUGUCAGCGGCUCUGUUAAGAUCCAAUAAAGUCAAACACUGGAGAA